AUGACCCUCAGUAAGGAGCCCUUCGCGGACACCCUUGUCAUCGACUGCCCCCUCGAGGCACAUACUCACGCAGAGCGCAGCUCGGCUGUACAAUACGAUGAGCAGGUUGCGCUGGGUCUCACAUUUGAGGAAGAUGAAUGGGUAUUUGAAUCAAGCUGGCGCUCCCUCUUUGACAGCACCACACUACACUCAUCUACAGACGAGGCGAUAGAUGAGAACAGACGAGCUGCAACCAGCUCCCCAAUCGUGAGUGGGUAUCCUUGGGACGAUGAGUAUGAUGUACUGUACAUCCCACCCGAUACACACGCACCGAUGCUGUGUGAUUAUCCGAGGCAUUGGGUAUUCGACGCCACCCUCGCCGGCCCUUCCACAUUCCCGGGUGCCCUAGGACACCCAGGCGGCACGGCUGGGGGCAGAAACACGCCCUCAAGUACCGAGUCAUCGUAUAGGAUCGGAGAUUCCGUAUCCUAUGCAAUCGUCCCUGGUCUGCUACAUGCAGAGCAGGGUACGACAACAAUAGAACACACAACCACGCUCCACGACGAAGAGCUGCAAGACAGCGGGGACAAAGACAACUUUGAAAUGGGGGCCUCCUUACUCCACCGAGACGUUUUCGCUUUCAAUGAAGACAAGGAGCACUCCGCUUCCAUCGAAGACGGACCUCCACCUGCUAACGAGGAUGUAGAGACAUGCGCCUCUUCAUCCAGCAAAAUCACGUCAGUGAAGCAGAAUGACAAGGGGAAAGAGCGCGCGAAGCCAGAGCCGCCCAACGAGCACAACGCACAGUCGUCUAAAAACAGCAAGAAGCGCAAGAACCCUCAUGACGGGCACGAUGUCGACCAGCCCAUCCCGCCGAAGAAGAAACACGCUCGCAGGAAGGCGGCGAAGGGCAAUUGGGAGUGCCCCGAGCCGGGCUGCACCUGGACCUUCACGCGCGAAUGGGACAUGGAACGGCAUUGGGAGUGGGACUGCAGUGCGAGAGAUCCCAGCCUGCUGAAGGUGGCAAUCUGCAGCUACUGCGACGCACAGUUGUCAAGGCCGGACGCAUUGAAGCGCCACCUGAGGGACACAUGUCCAGUGAAGAAAGCGCUGGAGGCGUCUCUGGCAGAAAGGGCGGGCGAGGAGGAAGAGGCGGGAAAGGCAGCAGAGGCGGUCGUGGAGGUGGCCCAGGUCGCUCCACAAUCAGAUUGUGUAUUCGGUACUCACCAGUUCCACGGUUAA